AGCUCAGUAGCGUGGCGCCCCAGUUCCGAGUUGAGGGGCGGCGCGAAGGCACAACUACCGCAGCACCGCGCUACCGCACGCGACUGUACUUUAUCACACUUUAUCGGAGCAAAAAGUUCGCAAUAUUAUCAAACUUCUUUCUGAUUACUUACUUUUUUCGAACAAACUUUUUAAAUAAAAAAGAAAUUAGUAUUUAAAUUAAGAAUACGAUAUUUUGUUUUUCUUUUUUUUUCGUGACUAAUUUGUAUUUUCGUUAGGUGAUGUGUGAUUUUAGUUGAUUUUAUCUACAUGUUUUUAAUUCAAUUGUUAUUAAAAUGUGUUAUAAAAAGUUUGAACGCUACAUAGCAUUAUGUUUGCUAAAACAAAUAACUUUGACACUGUAUGUGAGUGGAAAACCAACGGGUAGUGAAAUAUUUACGGACUUUCAGUUAAAAGAUUUGGCGCUAGACGUGUGCACACAAUUGGAAUUUUUUGUUAAUGUGACAGUGGACACGUGCACGGAAAACUACUGGGCUCCAGAACAAAGCAUGCCACAGUUAUCAUCACCACACGUCAAGAUACGAUGUUGGAGGAACAAAAGCAUCUGGUUUCAGAUAGAGCCUUCAGAGUACUUCCAGCUUGUGGCGUUAGUGCCACAUCCGAACAAUGGCAGUAAUUAUAUACAACACAGUAUUAUAGAACCUUGGAGUGAAUUCGAAGAGAUUCCCGUAACACCUCAGGUUAACUACACGAUAUGGAGUACGAAACUCAAAGAGGGAUCACCAGUAAUGUGGACAAGAGGUGAUACGUUUCCACGACAAGACAGGAAUAUAACUCAAGUCAAUAAAACAUACGAAAUUAAAAAGUUCUUCCAUAUUAAUGCGGAUCCUUCAGUAUUAGAUGGAAGAUUCACGUGGAACAUCAGUGGAGAUGCUGAUGUAUGCUUUGACGUUGUGAACUCUUGCAAUAAGUCCAAUUUGAAGCAUAAGAAAAUUUGGCCAAACAGUAAAGACAGCGAGCCCUAUGUAGUGUUCGACAAGCUGCCAGUGGAAGAUGAAUGCAUCAUCAAUGUAGUAGGCAUGUACGGAACCACCACAGUCACGUAUCGGACGCCGUCCUGCUAUCCUGGCGAUUGUUUGCUUUCACCGAUCGAGCCAGAAAUGCCGACAAAUGUCACAAUAGUCGCGAUAGAAGAUGACUUCGAUAGUUGGGAGGUGCACGUGAGCUGGGCCAGGCCUAAUGUUCUCCCUGACUUCUACAACGUGUCUCUAUGGAUCGACGAAGUGGAAACACAGACACUCAUAUUACCUGGGGAUGCAACAGAAGCAGUGUUUAGAAAUGUGACGAGCAACAGCGGUUUGGGCUUUUACGACGUGGGCAUCAAGUCCAAGCUGGGCAACAUCACAGCUGUCACCAGCAGACAAGCUCAGUUCCCUGACAGUGCGGGUGCGGCGCGCGGCGCGGAGCAACCGGGUGGGGCGGGUGUCGCGGCCGUGGGCGCGGGCUGCGCUGCGGCCGCCGCGCUGGCGCUGCUGUGUCGGUGCCGGCGACGCAGGGACCACCAGCCUGUGCCGUCUUACAAACCGCAGGACGACAAACCGUUGAAAGAAGGCGACACCGAUGUGCUAGAAGUAUGGAGCGAGACAGAAGACCGGUGGGAGGUGCGAGCAGACAAGCUCGUGCUACACGAGGUCAUUGGAGAAGGAGCAUUCGGUGUCGUACGCAGGGCUACACUCGCCCCGCACUCCUUGCUCGUCGCUGUUAAGAUGCUAAAAGACUUCCCAUCGCUGGAGGAAAUCAGAUCAUUUCGUUCAGAGAUGGAGCUGAUGAAGAGCGUGGGCGUGCACCCGCACCUCGUGAGCCUGGUGGGCUGCUGCAGCGGUAGGAGACCACUUAUCAUUGCAGAAUAUUGCAGUCGGGGGGACUUGCUCAGUUACUUGAGAUGCACAUGGGACAUUAUGCUAUCUAAACGUAACGCGAAAUAUUACAACAACAACAUAGAGGUAUCAGACUACAGGAACGACUUGUUCAAGUGCAAAGCACAGAUGGAGAGCUCAAAGCUGGUCGUCAACAAACUGUAUGAGCUACAAGAGAUCUGUGAUAAGGAACUGACUGCUUUAGAUCUCCUGUCCUUCUGCCGGCAAAUAGCGAUGGGUAUGGAGUUCCUAGCUGCCAAUCGAGUCGUCCAUAGAGAUUUAGCAGCCAGGAACAUUCUGGUGACGGCAGACAGGACUUUGAAGAUAGCAGACUUUGGUCUUUCAAGGGAUGUGUAUGAAGAGAACCAGUACAAACAGAAGGGUAAUGGAAAGAUGCCCAUCAGGUGGAUGGCUUUGGAGUCACUGACGCGAAGGAUAUAUACCACGCAGAGUGAUGUCUGGUCGUUUGGCGUGGUGGUAUGGGAGGUGGCGACAGUGGGGGGCUCACCAUACGCCGCAGUACCAGCUGCACGACUCCCGCGACUUCUGCGAGCUGGGUACCGGAUGCCCAAACCUAAUAACUGCAGCCCGCAACUGUACGACAUAAUGCUAUCCUGUUGGCGCACGCACCCCCGCGACAGGCCGACGUUCGCAGACUUGCACCAACGACUCGACGAGCUACUGAACAGUGCGUGUGCCAACCAAUACUUAUCGCUAGAGAUUGAUGCAGACGACGCACCCCCCACGCCCAAACAUCACCGAUAUAUUAAGAUGCUGAUGAGAGGCAAGCGCGCUUGGUCCCGCGGCGAGACGUACGAGCGUCCACUGAAGGCGCCGCAGAGCAACCACUACACCUCGCCGCCUGACUCGCUCAGCGCACAGCCUGCAACCUGACUUAAUCCCAAUACAGGAACACUUUUACCUUGUACCUGUCUUGUGGACAUGGACAUUCAUACACCAACGGUAUGAUCAAAUCUUACUGGAAUAUUUAAACAGAAUGCCUAGCACGAAUUUUUUCACCUAUUCGAUCACAUUAACAUCCUUUGCCGAUCCCAUAUAAAUUUUAGCUAACGUAAACGCUAUCGAUAAGAUGAAAACCUCCCUUAGAAGUAUAUGUCUUAAACUACAGUUUGCUUACCGAAUGACUGAUAUUCAGACUUUAAAAAUUUUACCUUACUCUAUAAAAAGUCCAAGAGUUUAUCAAUAAUCCUUUGACGGCUAUAAUAUGAUAAACAUUUGGUGUAUUAACUUGUAUGAAAUGUAUUUGAUCUGUACAUAACAUUAAUGUGUUUACUUGCUGUGUUGUGCUGUGAUACAUAAGUGUAGCUAUAUUAGAUAGAAUUUUGAAUAAAUAACCCUUUUAGGUCUGUGUAAAUGUGUGUAAUAUGUUAAAUGUUUUUAUGUUUAUGUGUAAAAUGUUGAAUUUUUCGAGUAUUGAAACAUAAUUAUGAGUUUAAGUUAAUUUGACGCCUUCCUUAAAGAAUACCAUGACAAUAAAUAUAAUAAUAUGAACAAUGUAUAUUUUCUAUGCAUAUAUUCAAUUGGACUAUAAGUUCAAUUUUUUAAUAGUUGACUAAUUUGUGUGCUUAGUAAUUAAGAUAAUGUAUGUACAAAUACUAUAGAUUUGUAUAGAAAAGUAUUUCUUGUAAAGAUGCUUUGUAAGUGUAAUGUUCUGAGCUAUGUAUUUUACUUAGAAGUAAUUUGAACGGACUAGUUUUGUAAAUAAGUAUUGAUAUUUGUACUUAAAUAUUACGUAAUAUUAGUAAUAAAUAAAGCACUGAUAGUACACAUUAAAAAUGUGUGAAGAAAUAUGUCUUUUUAAUUACAAAACUUCGAUUCGAUCCCCA